GCGUCCGUAUCAGCGCUUCCGCUCCGACAUGACAACUUCCGGGAUACCGGGUAAUCACAACAUCAGCUGCUGUGGCCAAGAUGGCGCAUAGCCUGGCAGAGUUAGAAGUUCCCCUGGACGCUGAACAAGCUGGGGACCAAGAGAAAGGUGUUUUUAGACGUUGCAGAGGACGACCCAGGCUCACAGACUCCGACCGAGCCCAGAGGCGUCUUGAAUCCCGAAAGAAGUACGAUGUGAGGCGGGUGUACCUGGGAGAAUCGCACAAGCUGUGGAGUGAGCUCCGCAGGCGGACCAGUCUGAGUGAUGCUGGACUGGCAGAGUAUCUGAUCCUGCUCAACUCCACCUAUGGAGACAAAUACCAGCAGAAAUACUGCGGAAAGAAGAUUGCUCCAGAAGUCUCAGUAAAACAGAAAAAAGGCAGGAAAGAGCGUGUGUCCAGUCUCCAGAGCCUGGUGUGUUGGUACCAGGAGCACUCCCACUCCUGCCCUCAUGAGCCCCAGCUCAGAGCCUUGGAGCCCCAGCCCAACUUCUCCACUGCUGCUAUCUGGCAAUGUGACUCUAACCACUCAUUUGUGCAAUACCUUUUCUCCCCACUGAGGGAGGCGAGUGACUCUGAACAUGAAGACGAAGUGAACGGUGAGGAGGAUGGAGAGAGCGCAGCGAAGACAGAUGAGCCUGUGGCUAAAGGCGUCAUGAACAGGAAGAGGAGAAAGGAGGCGACCAAACAGUUCAAAGAUGUGGAAGACAAUGUGGAUGUGUCUGAGAUACAGCAUACAACCAUGAGCCCGAUAGAACAGGCUGACACUCCAAACCACCAGCCCAGUAUAGAGGCCUCUUCCAAAGAUGUUCCAGUCUGGGAGAUGGUCAUGGAGCGACAGCAAGGCUCCCCCGCUGCUGCAUUUCACUCCAUUCCCUCAGAGGACGAGGCAGAGGAGGCAGAGGACCUGAGGCAAGGCAGAGACGGAGAAGAGGAAGAGAUCGGGACUAUACCGCACAGUUAUGAGUGUGUUACCGUGACGGCGUCCUUAGCCGAUAAACUGGAAAAGACGGACGAGGACGCAGUGCUAUCACAGAGCCUGAGUGGCUCAGUCCCACUGGGAGCUCACCCGGAGCAGUUGGUCCCACCGCCCAUGCAAGAGCAGAGUGAGCUGUUUGACCCUCAGACUCUGCAGACGGUGGUGACCAGCUGCGAGAUUCCUGAUCAGAGGACCACUUUGGAAGGCUCACAGUUAAUUAUUAUCACUGGCCCCAGCUAUGAGGCCCUGGCAUCAGAGGGUAUCCAGCUCAAUAUGGGCGGCGGAAAUGUGGAGGAAGUCACCUGCACUGUCAUCGGGGGUGUCACCUAUAACCAAGUUUGCACGUCUGACUCGAAACUCAGAACAGCGGAGGAUGAAGACUCGAUGACAGGUUUGAGUGAAAAACAGCUGCUGCAGCCCAGUGUUGACCCUUUGGAGUUGGGCAGUGACAGAGAGCUGCAGCGGAGUCUGAGCAGUGUCCGGUCAAAGAGAAACAGGCGAGGUCCCAUCAUUGAGGCAGAUGGGAUGCUUAAGAUGUUCCACUGUCCAUAUGAGGGCUGCAGUCAGGUCUAUGUAGCUAUAAGCAGCUUUCAGAAUCAUGUCAACCUAGUUCACAGGAAAGGGAGGACCAAGGUUUGCCCCCACCCAGGCUGCGGGAAAAAGUUCUACCUGUCAAACCAUCUGCAUCGCCAUAUGAUCAUCCAUUCAGGGGUCAGAGAUUUCAUCUGUGAGACAUGUGGAAAAUCCUUUAAGCGUAAGAAUCACCUGGAGGUUCACCGGCGGACCCACACAGGAGAAACACCUCUCCAAUGUGAAAUCUGUGGCUACCAGUGUCGCCAGCGCGCGUCCCUGAACUGGCACAUGAAGAAACACACUCCGGAGGCCCACUACAACUUCACCUGCGAGUUCUGUGAGAAGAGAUUCGAGAAGCUGGACAGUGUUAAAUUCCACAAGUUAAAGAGCCACCCAGACAAGCAGGCAGCCUGAGGUGCUCAGACGUUGAUGAUAGUAGCUGAAAAAGUACAGGUUUGCCCUGGACAACCAAAGGAAGACUUCCAGUGAAGAAACAGACUUCCGUUCCCUGUGCUUGCCUUGCCUCUCAUGUCCAGGAUGAUUUGAACAUCACCUGUGAACACACAAGCAGUGGAUGAAGGCGAAAGUGGGCCAGUCCAACAGCUGUGCAGGACACACGCUGUUUCAGAGUACAGGGCCCAAACAUUGUGAACAUAUUUGGUACAGCAGGGAAAAAACUUAAUCCACUGUUGACUUUUGAUGUUCAACUGACUGUUCACUAAACCAUUCCCUCAAACAGUUAGCAGCUUAGCAACAAUAGCUAGGCAUAGCAGUUUAGUCAAGCUUUGGAUUUCUCUACAUGUUGAAGCAGAGUGAAUGGCUCCGGUAAGAGAGAUACUACUUAUAUGAAGAUUGUGGUAGUUUCUGUCUUAAAAACUGGAAAGCCUUUCCAAAACCAAAAUCUCAAGAGCAAAACUGUAAGGGAUGAAUUAAACGAGGGCUGCCCGAACCAGGGCCCACAGGCCAAAGUUCCCGCCAUAAGGUUUGGUUUGUUUAUGCUGUUUUAUUUUUUGUGAGGUAAAAAUGAUCUUUGAAUAUGUAGGAUCGCUAAUUAUUUAUUAUUUUUCCUAAUCUGAGCUUGGAGUGGCACUUUGAACAGGAUGUCAGUUAACGGAAUUUGGGAUUCUAACAGUACAGUACAAUAGGUGAUUCCUUUUGGCUGUUUAUUUGCCCUAAUGUAACACACAGACAUUAGCAUGGCUGCCUAACUAGCCUAUUUCCUACAAUAAUAACCCACCAUUACUUACAGUGGCAGCUGCAUUUCAUACAACAUUAUUUUAUGGUAUUAGGUUACAUUGAAAAGGUCCUGUUCAUGAUAGCACAUCCUCUGUGUAGUAUUUCCCCACUGUGUGGGAGCCAGUCGAGGAUACUCAUGCAUGAGAGUGAGGCUAGCAGCUAGGUUAGCGGCUCAGCCUUGCUCCUUACUGGAUUUGGGAAAGUUUACAUUCCAGCAACCCCAGCUAAACUUGUUAGCGUCAAGAUAAGAUAGCGUCACCAUCACCAGAUUUAGUUUUCAUCCAAAAAGCCUUUUCUAUAAUAAAACACACUGAUUGAAUAUAUGAAUAUGAAUAAAGUAUAAAUCUAA